AUGCUGGGUUUUCCCGGUAUUCCAGGAUCAAAUGGUAUACCUGGAGUGCCGGGAGUGCCGGGCGUCCCUGGGCCACACGGACCCCAGGGAAGAGAAGGUGUAAAAGGACAAAUUGGUGAUAAAGGAUCACAUGGAAUGCCGGGUCCGAGAGGAGACAGAGGGCGCGAAGGACCCCCUGGGAAGAGUGGACCACAAGGAAUCCAGGGAAUGAAAGGUCAACAGGGACUUCUGGGAAUGAAAGGAGAGAGAGGCAUUGCGGGAAUGAAAGGAGAGCAAGGAGCUGUGGGAAUUAAAGGAGAGCGAGGCAUUGUGGGAAAUCAAGGAAGAAAAGGAGACAAAGGAGAGAAAGGAGAAAGCGCCAAAGCAAGUCAAGCAAGUGUAGUACCACAAACCAACUGGAAACAAUGUGUGUGGAAAUCAGCUAGCGGAACUGAUAACGGAAAGAUUAAGGUAAUUAGAAUAAGAAUCAUUCAUAACACAACCCAAAGAAUAAUUCAUUCCUUUUUAAAUUAAAACAUUUCAAAGAACAAUGUCUUUCCUCUCACUCACCGUUUGCUAACACAUUACAUAAAUAACUAAAUAGUUACAUUUCCGUACAAUUUGGUUCUUUUUGAACGAAAAAAGGAAAACCAUCAUGCGUGAUAACAUGAUUCCUGGCCAUAUGGAUAAGGACAACGAAAAUUUGAGCUAUUACAAAGUUUUUAAAAAUUAGCAAGUAAUCUUGACUGGGGUAGUUAGAAUCGAUCAUAACACACGGUUGUUCGCCUUACUACAAUAUGUUUGAUUUGUUUGAUUUUAUUCCAGGACUGUGCGUUUAACAAACUGCAGUCUAAUUCAGCACUCAGAGUCUCAUUCCAGGGAAACACGAGGGUCUAUGGAAGUGGUUCUAAGUGUAACCGGUGGUAUUUCAAGUUCAAUGGAAAUGAAUGCAGUGGACCAAGGACGAUUGAGGCUGUUGUUUACAACAACUGGUCAUCAAAGAAUCCUGAACUGCUGCACCAUCGGUCAUUUGAGGGGUACUGUGAAAACAUUCCACAAGGCGCUGUUGGAGUGGAAUUAUGGGUAGGACAGUGUAGUAGUGGCCACACCUUGGGCGAUGCUUACACUGGGUGGGACUCAGUAUCCCGGAUAAUGAUUGAAGAAGUAUCUAUGUCCCAGUCCUAA